AUGCCUCUCACAGCGUCCGAAGAGGAUGCCGCAACGCUUUCCUCCCAAGAACAAUGUUCCUCCAUUUGGGAUCGCUUCAGCGCCCGUGUUGGUGGUGCAUUUAACGGUGCAGACCCCCGAGUCUGCGUCGCUUUCUGGCUCUUCGGCCUUAUCAACAAUGUCCUUUAUGUGAUCAUCCUCUCCGCAGCUGUAGAUCUAGUCGGACCAGAUGUACCCAAAGGUCUCGUUCUCCUCGCUGACGUGGUCCCGUCGUUCGCGACCAAACUACUCGCCCCAUACUUCAUCCAUCUCGUCCCAUAUUGGGUGCGCACCCUUGUCUUUGCCUUCCUAUCAUCCGUGGGCAUGCUAGUCGUCGCUAUGAGCCCGGGCUAUACAGUCGGUGGAACAAUAUCCUCCAAGAUCGCGGGUAUAGUCCUGGCUAGCUUAUCUUGCGGCGCUGGAGAGCUGAGCUUUGUGGGCCUCACGCACUUCUAUGGCCCGUUCAGUCUGGCUGCGUGGGGGAGUGGUACUGGCGCUGCUGGGCUCGUUGGAGCUGGUGCUUAUGCCCUCGCCACUUCAGCAAUGGGGUUCUCCGUUCGUGUGACCUUGUUGGUUUCGGCAUGCUUGCCGGCCGUUAUGGUUUUAAGCUUUUUUGUCGUCCUACCCAAGUCCCACCUGAGAUCUGCCGAAUCUGGCGCUGAUAGAUAUCGUGUCGUUGAGGGCGGGGGCCAGGUGGAGGAAGACGAGAUGGAGGACGGCGCUGGCGGGGAAGACGAGGGGCUUUUGGGAGCCUCGCAUAAUUCCUCCGCCCCUAAGUCUACCCACGUCAAUGAAGAUAGCCCCUGGCAGGACCAGAUGCGCAAUAAUCUACGCCGUGUCAAGGCACUGUUCAUUCCUUUCAUGGUCCCGAUGUUAUUGGUCUACAUCGCUGAGUACGUGAUCAACCAAGGUGUUGCUCCGACUCUGCUGUUUCCACUACAUGAGUCGCCCUUUGAGCACUUCCGCUCGUUUUACCCUACCUACAAUGCCAUUUAUCAGAUAGGUGUCUUUAUAUCCCGUUCCUCGACUCCUUUCUACCGCAUCCACAAUCUGUACCUGCCAUCACUCCUGCAGGUGGUCAACCUUGUGUUGCUGAGCCUCCACGCUAUUUUUAAUUUCAUUCCCACUGUUUGGCUUGUGUUCAUCAUUAUUUUCUGGGAGGGCCUUCUCGGUGGAGUGGUAUAUGUCAAUACUUUUGCUGAGAUUGCCGAUCGUGUUCCGAAGGAGGAUCGUGAAUUCUCAUUGGGUGCUACCACUGUCAGUGACUCGGCUGGUAUCUGCAUUGCGGGCUUCAUCAAAUCAGCCCCAACUUCGAGAGAUGAUAGGUAUGCAACCGGCAUCGCACGGGAAAUCCAGACUAAUGGACGUUCAGACCACAUCUUGGGGAGACCUUCGACCCGCUUCCGCAAGAUCCAAGUAUUUGCAGUUGUCUCCUUCUGGUCGAUCUACUUAUUAAGAGCAGAUAGACAUGGCCCUCCAUUUCUUCGAUCCCUGUCGUCCCGCUUCACAGGAAAGUUGACAACAUGGCAGACGACUGUGAUCAUCUUCCUUUGGCUCUACCUCAGCCGGAACUUCGCUAAGAUCGUCGGGCUCGAAUGUCCUGAGCCAUUGGCAAACAUGUACUCGCGGUCCUUCUUCCGAGCAACUUGGAUCACCACUGGUCUGGAUGCUGGAUUCUGGACCGCGAUGAAUAUAAAGCCAAAAUGGCUCCGAGAUAUAGCGUCACUAGUCUUCACGGCUUACUACUUGAUUGCCGCUGAACAGGCCGACGAGAAAGUCCGUCGGGUCCGUGCUACCCUGACACUGGAGCAUCUGCGCGUGUCUUGGAAUAAAGCCACUAGCCCCUACCUGUGGUCAUUGGCGAAGCUGCUACGGCCGCGGAUGACCCAGUUUCCGGCUCGAGCGAUUCGCAUUCCUCGCCCAAAGCAGUCUGUUUACACCGAGUCAGUGAAUGCGUGGCUGUAUUUCGACGGUUCGUUAAGUGCCCUGCGAGAGCAGAGUUUCAUCGUACUGGAUGUGCCCGGUGGUGGAUUUGUAGCUAUGAGUCCCAGGAACUCAGAGGACAAGCUGUUGUCGUGGGCGGGACAGCUCAAGGUUCCGAUUCUUAGCAUCGAUUACAAGAAGGCACCAGAAUUUGCAUACCCGUAUGCCCUGCAUGAAUGCUACGACGUCUACCAUAGCAUCAUUGCCACAAACGGUCGUUGCAUGGGUCUGAGUGGUAAGAACCGUCCCCGGAUUCUUGUCACGGGCGAGAGUGCCGGCGGCAACCUGGCAGUGGGCAUGACCUUGAUGGUGUUGCAGUCUGCGAUGGCUCAGGGCUGGCGUAAAGAAGAUGUGCUCCCAGCCCCAGACGGCCUCGUCUUGGGAUACCCUGCGUUGAACAUGAAGGUUGAGAGCUGGAUGAGCGAUGAGCAGAUGUCAUUGAUCCAGGAGAAAAGCACCCGCCAGACAAACCGCAGCGUUCUGCAACGGAAACAGGAUCAAUAUCGUAAACUCACGCCAUUCACAUCACCAGGUCGCUCGGCUGAAGAUCUUACUGCCAUAUCACCGCCUGAAAAGGGAAAGGACAGCAAAGGACCCAAUGUGGCCGCCGAAGCAGCCAAAGCACUGGAGAAAAAGCUCCAAAAGAGCGAGGACCUAGCUCCGAAACCUGUUUCUAAGGCAGAAGAUGAAGUCAAACCGAUCAAGACCAGACUAGCCGUCUCGUCUAUGAUCACCUACGUCCACGACCGCAUCCUCACACCUGAGAUGACGCGUGCAAUGAUUAUUCUAUACAUCGGACCCCACCAUCGCCCUGACUUCAACACCGAUUUCCUUCUGUCUCCCGUCCUAGCCCCGGAUGCUUUACUUGCCCGCUUCCCAAAGACAUAUAUCAUGACCGGAGAGCGAGAUCCUCUAGUCGAUGACACGGUUAUAUUUGCAGGCAGACUGCGCCAAGCAAAGCUGCAUCAGUUCCGUGAGCGCCAGGAUCUAGGGUUGGAGAGGUCUAAAAACCCCUUCAAUGAGAGAAAUUACGUCGAAAUCUCGCUGAUUCCUGGUAUCUCACACGGCUUCAUGCAGAUGGCUGGCUUUUUCCCGGAUGCGUGGAAGUAUAUCCACCGUAGCGCGGACUGGCUUGAAACAUUGUUCCAGAAGAUCAAGACAGAUGACUUAGAGGCGGAUUUGCUUCACCCUGACCGGGAUGUGAAUGCUUUGAAUGGCAAUUCUUCUCUCAAAUGGUCAGCCUCUGCAGAUCUUAAGGCAAAGGCUCCACAGAGUGGACGUAACCACCAUCGCAAGUUUACUGGCGAGUCCUCGGGCGAUGACGACAAGCCUUUGGAAAUGAGCACGAGCAAGAUCGCGUCUGUUGCUGGUAGCCAGGAUUCAUUAUCAUCAAAGGCUGAACGCCGGACGCAUCGGAGGAGAUCUCAUUCCUCUUUUGCCUCAUCGCGGGUCACCGGGUUUACAUCUUUGGCAGAUGAUCGCAAUGCUAAAGAUGAUUUUAUCGCUAAGCUUCGACACUUGCAGAGAGCCGGUCGUUCGCAGGACACCUUCGAUCCUGAUGAGACGAAUAGUGCACCUGAAAGUCCGGGUGCAAUUCGUCCGAGAGGACGGAGCAUUGCUUCCCUCGAUAGUGAAGAGGAUUUGUUGGAUCGUCGCAUGAAUGGACUCGCUGGUGGGUUGAUGGGAAUUGGGGAAGGGGCUCAGACCCCUGGACUAUGA